UUUAGGAUCAUCACAAACACUCCUACUCCAUCGCCUUCUUUUCUUGAACCAACAAUUCUCUUCUCUUCUCUUCCAACACCUUGUUUUCAUUUUCACUUGUAACCACUCUUCUCUUCUUUUUCUCCUCAAAUUUCAAUUCAUCAAUUAGCCUUUGAUAUCCAGUGAAAACAUGUCUGGUGUAUCUCUAGCAACUGCUCCUCGAGAACAAACAACACCACCAGCACCAGGUGCAGCCACAAAUGCAAAUGCAAAUGCAAGACAGAAAACUCAAGUACCUCCUGCAGGUGGAAUGAUGGGUUCGUUACGUAUGAUAGAGCUUCAACUCGUUGCAUUUGUAUUAGUUUUAUCAGCAAGUGGACUUGUUCCACUUCUUGAUCUAGUUUUUCCACUUCUUGCUUCUGCAUACAUCUUAGCACUUGCACGUUUCGCAUUUCCAAAUACUUCUGCUUCCUCUAGAGAUUCAAAUUCACAACAAGAGAUUUUCAAAGGAAGUACUAUGUUUAGAAUGUAUGUUAUUGUUGGAACAGUUAUUGGGUUGUUUCUGCCACUUGCUUAUGUUCUUGGUGGAUUUGCAAGAGGCGAUGAACAUGCAGUGCGUUCUGCAACACCGCAUCUUUUCUUGCUUUCUUUUCAAAUACUGACUGAGAAUGUUAUUAGUGGUUUGUCCUUGUUUUCACCUCCUGUUAGAGCUUUGGUUCCUAUGAUUUAUACUAUUAGAAGAAUCUUUGUUGAUCUUGAUUGGAUCAGCGAUGUUUGGCUCAACAAGAUUUAUACAUUUCUAUUUUGAUUUUCUGCGCAGUCAGAUUUUGACGGGCUUUUUUGGUCAAAAAAUUUGAUGGGCCAAUUUCGCCCCUUUACUAUGCGUAUUCUUGGGCUUUUUUAUGAUCCAAUAUGUAUGUUUUAAGUUUGAUUAAAUGAGAUUUUUUCUUGCCA